AUGGCCAGCUCUCAUACCGAUCCGGAGACGGAGCCCGAAUCCGUGUUCCCACGGGAGGUCGGGCUCUUCACCGACUCUUACUCAGAGAGCAGUCGGUUCUGCUUCUGUGGGCACGAGCUGAGCAUCACGCAGAACUUUGGGUCGCGCCUUGGGGUGGCGGCACGCGUGUGGGAUGCGGCUCUGAGCCUGUGUAACUAUUUCGAGAGUCAAAAUGUGGAUUUUCGAGGCAAGAAGGUGAUCGAACUGGGCGCAGGGACGGGCAUCGUGGGAAUCUUGGCGGCGCUGCAGGGGGGGGAUGUUACCAUCACUGAUUUGCCACUAGCCCUAGAGCAAAUCCAGGAUAACGUCCACGCUAAUGUGCCACCAGGAGGCCGGGCUCAGGUAUGCUCCUUGUCCUGGGGAAUUGACCAGCAUGUCUUUCCUGGAAACUAUGACUUGGUGCUGGGGGCAGAUAUCGUGUACCUGGAACCUACCUUCCCGAUGCUGUUGGGGACCCUCCGACACCUGUGUGGGCCCCACGGCACCAUCUACCUGGCCUCCAAGAUGAGAGCAGAACAUGGGGCGGAAACCUUCUUUCAGUGCCUCCUGCCCCAACACUUCCACCUGGAGCUGGCCCAGCGGGAUGAGGAUGUGAAUGUCAACAUCUAUAGGGCCAGGCACAGGGAGGUGACACCUGCUGGACAGCACCCCUUCUGUUGACCCAACUUUUGUCUGAGGAAUGGCAGCCCUCCAGAGCCGUGAGCAUCAGGACAAAAAGAAAAAGAUGGAUCACCCGUCGUCUUCCUUCCCGCUUCCCUUUGGUUCCCCUAAUUAUUCUUGGGAAGAUGCAGAAGGGUGGUUGCUUGUUAGGAGUGGCAGAGCCCCAGAAGCUUUGGGUUUAAAGCACAAAGAAAGCGCCCAACACCUGCCUUCAGAGGAAGGUGUUCAGGAUAGUUAGGAAUAAGGGAGGGAAACGGUACGAAUAGCCCCUGCAGAGAGAUCACCACUGAUCACUUCCAGUUCUUUAAAUGGCAAGGACUCUUUUAAAAAGCCACAUUCUUUGACAUUUUUAAAGGGAAAAAAUGAGCAAUAAUUAUGUCUUCUGUAUCCCCAAACAUGUAGCUAUUGCCAGAAAGCUGGGUACCGAGAUACCUCAGAACACCUGUUUCUUACCUGCUGAAAUAAAAGUCUCAGAUAGGGCAAGUCUUCCCAGACCUGAGCCCCAGGAGGAGAAUCAGAGAUGUCCCCUUGGGCUGUAGCUUCUUCAUCCUUUGCAAAGCUCAAGACCUGAUCACUGGCAUCACAUACCAAAUUCUGGACUGGGUUCUAGAUUCUUCCAAUCUCCAGUUCUUCCUUCCACAUUCAAGUUUUCCUUCUUGUUUUGCCUUCGGUUCUUGUCUCUCUCCCUCUAGAGCAGUCUGGCCAGGGCUCUUUUUGCUUAGCCUUCUGGCACACAACCAUCUUUGGUGUGUCUGCUACUGUUCUCUUACCCUUGAUGCCACGCCUCCAACUCUUGCCAUCUUCCAAAACUUGCUCUAAUUAGCCUUUUACUGCAAGAACAAACGUCUUUGCUUAAUACUUAGACCAUGAUCUGUGUCUCAUUUCCUACUCUGUUUGUAUUGCACUUUUAGCCAAAUUGCAAAAGCCUUACUCUUUGUUCCCUAACUCUAUGCCGGCAUUCCCUGACUUCUCCACUUUCCAGAUGAUUCCUUUCAGGAAGGGUCCUUGCUCUCUGUCUAAACUCAUGUUUUGCUUCUGAAAAAAACAAAAACAAAAACAAAAACCAAACCAAACCAAAUCAACCAACCAAACAAACAAACAAAAACAAACAAACAAACAAAAAAACCCUUCCUUUUUCUGAGCUUUCUGUUUGGAUGUGGUUUGUCCAAAGAUCUUUUUAACUGUUUAAGGACCUUAUAUUGCCUUACCUGAUUCUUAUUUCCUCAGACCAAUAGAUACAUUAGAGGGCAGAGCUAUGACUUAUUCAUCACUGAUCCCCCGAAACUGGCAACAGCUCCGGGCACACAUGUGUUCAGCAGAUAUUUUGCUAAUUCAGCAAUUAUUUAUCGGGUUUGUUGAAGGAACUCUGCUUCUCCGGGUGACCUUGGACAAUUUCCUGAGCCCACCUACCUACCUGCGGUUUGUCCUGAGUCAUAAAUGGAUAAUGAAAAUGAAAGUACAUUGGAAAUAAAGAAACAAAGUAUCACCUACAA